AACUCCUCUAGAGUUUUCCCUGGGGAUUUUUUUAUUGCAGAAAAUUGCACGUUUUCGUUGUAAAAUUUUCAGAGAAAUGGAAAAGUUGGAAGGUUUUGAAUUUUGGAAAAAGACACUAAAGUCUGCAAAAUAUGUAGUUGCUCCAAUGGUUGACCAGAGUGAACUAGCUUGGAGAAUGUUGAGUAGAAGGUAUGGAGCAGAAUUGUGUUAUACUCCUAUGCUCCAUGCUUCUGUGUUUUGCAGAGAUGCUAGCUACAGAGCAGAAUCUCUCCAAUCAUGCACUGAAGAUAGACCAUUAAUUGUCCAGUUUUGUGCAAACGAGCCUGAGGUUUUAUUGAAAGCAGGGUUGUUGGCUCAGGAUUAUUGUGAUGCAAUUGACCUUAACCUAGGAUGUCCACAAGUCAUUGCUAAGCGUGGUCACUAUGGGGCAUUUCUACAGGAUGAAUGGGACCUUAUAGAGAAAAUGGUUAAGGUCUGCCAUGAAAAUUUAAAAGUACCAAUAACUUGCAAAGUGAGAAUAUUUGAAAGUAUACAGAAGACUGUUUUAUAUGCGCAGAUGUUAGAGAAAGCUGGUUGUCAACUGUUGACAGUCCAUGGAAGAACAAGAGACCAGAAAGGAAGGAAUACUGGUAUAGCAAACUGGGAACAUAUAAAGGCAGUCAGAGAGCAAUUAAAGAUACCAGUAUAUGCUAAUGGUAAUAUUCAGUACCUGCCAGAUGUGGACAGAUGUAUGAAGGACACUGGUGUUCAUGGUGUGAUGACUGCAGAGGGAAAUUUGCACAACCCUGCCUUGUUCCAAGGUAUAGAUCCACCAGUAUAUCAGAUGGGUGAAGAAUACCUUCAACUUGUAGAUAAAUAUCCAUGCCCUUUGUCUUAUGUCAGAGGUCAUCUAUUUAAAAUGUUCCAGCAUGCAUUACAGGUUCAUUUAGAUAUUAGGGAAAUGAUAGGAAGUGGUAGAUCUGUUGAAUGUUUCAAAAAGGCAGUGUUGCUGUUAAAAGAAAGAUGUUUGGAAGACAUUAAAAAAUACAAUGAAUCUAACGAAGAAUAUACAUCUGAUCUACCUCACCCAUAUUGGAUCUGUCAGCCUUAUGUUAGACCUACGCCUGAACAAGCAGAAGAGAAUCUAGCCAAGAAAGCUCCUACGAAAAGACAGAUACAUAUGGAAAACCCUCCCCCUGAACUAGCCGGACUGUCUAAAAAUAAAUUAAAAAAGAAAUUAAGAAACCCAUAUAAAAACUUUGAUAGAACUCCAGGGAGGGAGAUUUUUGAAAGAUGUGUAGACUGCACAAACCCAAGGGGUAAGCGAUGUGACUUCCAGUUGUGUAAAAGUUGCUGUAAGAAGAAAGUGUGGACAGAAACAUUAGACUGUAAAGGACAUAAUAUUUUAGUGAAAACUCGAAAAGAGAAACAGAUGGAAAAUGAUCUUAAAGAAAAGGAAUUAAACAAUAUUGAAAAGUCUGCUCGGGAAAGACUGUCUGAAAAUAAAGUUACAAACCAAAUAGGAGAUUGUGAUAAAUCAGAUUCUGACAGGUGUUUGAAUAAUUCAUCCUAUGACUCUUUAUCAUGUAAACACACAGAAGAUAAAGAGCAAACAAUAGUCAACAACACAUUAGAAGAUAGUGUAAAACAUUCUGGAGUUCAAUCAGCAGAUUCUACCAAUAGUUUGUGAUAUAGUUUUAUUAAAAUAUUUAUUGUUUUAUAUUAAUUUUAAACUAUUAUAAAAAUUUUACCUUUUAAUACCUGAUGAGUAACGAAAUCAAUGGUUAUUAAAUUAUACUGAAAGAAAAAUCAUUGGUAGUUUUUGUCACUUCUGCAACAAAAGACUUGGGUAUUAUAUUUUAGUCAAUGAAAUUUGAAUGCCAGA